AUGCCAUCCUUCACCCCGCAAGACUCCCGCUUCACGCCCUCUGCGGCAGCCAGCUUCGACACCUAUGGCGCCGCCGAAAUGAUGGCAAACAUCUCAAAACACAACCCGCGCGUCGCAAAGCUCGCCGAAGACUACCCCGACAUACCCAAUGCCUGGGCCUCCCUCUUCGACCCCAAACUCGUCGAAGAGCGCGACGACGGCCUCGGAGAAGGCCAGAUGCACCGCAGCGGCCCCAACUACCAACCCUACAACAACAGCAACAACCACAAUGGCGACGACCACCGCAGCGGCCGCUACCCCGCCGACCUGGGGUCGAGAGCGGGGCGCAACAAGUCCCCACCGGGCAGUGGGCGGAAGCUGCGGCAUUCGAGGUCGCUCUUUGAGCUUGGCAAGCUGCCGCCCGAGAUACCGUUUUUCACGCGCGGCCCGCUGGACAGUGUUCGCACCGUCAGUGGGUCUGCGGUGCUGCAGAGGAGGGCGGCGAUCAGGGCUGAGAUGAGUAGCAUGCACAGCGAAGGGCCACCGGGCAAUCCCCUAGCCCCGCUACGGGCACCUGAGCUAGUCGCGGGGCGGAAAAGAUCACUUCGCUCCAGGGGAGUUCAUAGUAUCGUCAAGCACCAUCUUGCUGGAAAUGCCCGCAUUCCCCUCCGAGCACAGGUCGCUGAGCAGCGGAGGGCUGCGCCGCCCAAUACCCCACCAAUCUACGCCUCCAAGGGACCAAGCGAUAUGGAUGUCUUUGCCCUUCCUCCUAGAAAAACAUCUGCCCUACCGCCUCAUCUCUCUGCGAGGUCUGUUGUUAGGAAUCCGGAGGUUAGCCAGUGGAAUACGGGUAAACUUGUAACGAACAGUGUCGAUUAUGACUAUCUGUCAAACCCACCAAAGCCCGCUUCUAGUCUAUUCCAAAGCCCGACGCCGGCAAAGCUCGACCAAGCCCCUCCCCCUAGGAACUUUUUUAUACCAGCAGACCAGGAAAUGGCCGACAAGGCUUCUUCCUCUGGAGCCUUUUUCCGAUUCUCAGAAACGGCAAAGGCAGACACUGGCCCCUCCUCCGAAAACAAGUUUCAAUUACCAAGCCAGGAAAAGGCCAACUUACCAAUCGCUUCAGAUAUUUCCACUAUACCCGGUGCUCCUAGGAAGAGGAGUCCUGAACUUGCUUCUUCACAAACAUACCCUGCUGUUGCUCCUGGCCCAGUUCUCUUUCCCUUGGUUCAAAAGGUUCCUGAGACCCCCAAGCCUUCUAUUUUCCCUGAAACCAUCUUUCCUUCAAAUACUGGGCCAAUUCCCAGGCCUCAAGCCACCAUUGAGCCUGGUUCGCCAUUUAUAUUCAAGCACCAGGUUUCUGCAACUCCCUCUACACCUUUAACUGGUCCUGGAGCGCCGUUUGUCUUCAAGCUGGGUGGGGCUUCAAGUGAUAAUAGUGCUGGUACGGCUCCACAUAAGUUAUCCUCCGCCAAACCACAUCCUGAGGCCACUAGAACACCUCCCCUUAAAUCUCUGGAACCUAAUAGCACUGUCAUCAAUAAGGAUUCAGUCGGUAGAGGAGAGGAGAGUAGCCUAGAAGCGCAUGCUAACACAAACCCCACCGGCUCGGACAAUAUCUCUGAAGAGGAUGACGCAACAAUUGAAUCACUACAUAAUGAUAUCAGCGCGAUUAGGGAAUCCGUUAACAAUCUCAAGACCGAGGUAUCUAGUAUCGAUAGCUUUGAACAAUCCCUACAGGCCCGUAUCGUCAUGAUGAUGUUACAAAAGGAAGGGAUUCUCCGGGAAAUCGAGACCAAGGAAGUGACAAUGUCUCAAAUUGAGUGUGAAUUGCAUAAUAUCAAAGCGAAGCGCGAUGCUCUCAAGCAAGCUGUAUCAGCGUUGGCUCUGAGGACUGAAAACGUUGUAGCGGAAGCUGAAUCACUGAUGAUUGCUAAAGAAAGCGCAGAGGCGGGCAGACCUGACGUUGAAAUGGCAAAUCUUGUAGAGGAUAUCGCACAAGCUGUAGCGGAAGAGGAGGACAGCUCAGAAACUAAAGGACCCCAGGAGCAGUCAACAUGGGAAGUCUCAGAAGUGCCUCCCAAUGAGUUUAUCGAGGAGGAAUAUUCUGGAGUGAAGGGACAACUUGAAGUUACAAGUGAGGCUAGACCAUCCGGCGAGGCCCAGGAAGAAGAAUCUCUCGCAAAUAAUCAUGAAAAAGAUGAGAAGCAUUCAGACCAAGAAACCAAAGAGACCAAAUUCCCUAGGGUUAAUGAACCGUUUGCUAGGAUUAAUUUUCAAGCAGCACCCGCAACCCAAUCACCCGUUAAGCCCGAAGUUGAGAUCACUACUAAUAAUAGCCAUCUUAACGAUAUGUCUAUACAGAAAACCACGGAGGACACACCAUUGGUAGAGGCAAGAUCUCAAGAGCACAAGUCUGAAACAACCCAGGAAUCCGAUGCAUCUGGAAGCUUUAAAACUCAGCCUAGUAUGGACAACGCCGAGAAAAAACGCCUGGCUGAUCUCAAAGCGCGCGAGAAAGCGCAGCAGGAACGCGCCGCCGAAAUCGAAGCAUUCCAGCAAGCCGAAAAAGAGCGGCAGGAGAUCAAAAGGCUGGUAAAAGAGCACCUGGAACGAGUAAAACACGAAGAGAGCCGCCGAAAGAUGGGCAAACCAAAAGCGCCCAGCACAGACGACGAGAGUUCAGAUGAAAAGGAAAGCACAUCGCCAAUUAAGACCAGUAGGGCUGCAAUGGAUGCGCACAAAGCAGUUUUUAGAAACGCGGAUCAGGGCCGCUAUGACUUGUAUCAAAGUGGUGGUGAGACGGGGCAUGAGAUGGUCGGUGAGACGUCUCUCCGGAAGGAAAUGGAGCCCAAGGAGGAGGAGGAAGCAAUAGUCGUGAGGGGAUCCGGUGCCCCCAACCAGGCUACGAGCCCCAAGAACUCCGUGGUCGACUACGCGGCCUCUGAGCAUGGGCAGUCAAACCCAAAAAGACCACGGUUCCCGUAUCACAUCUCUCUUGACCUCCGACCGACUUAUGAGUAA